UCACUUGCUCGCUUAGUCGGUUCAGAUCGGUUCGUUUCACUGUACUUUCGCACACAGACUGUAUAGAAAUCGUAGAGAAAUUUUAUCAAAAUCUGAAAUUGAAAUUACACACACUUUUUGGACAUUAUACCCGAGUUACACACACACAAAACAUCUCUCGUCACAAGCGAUAAACGAAACAGAGGGUAUCAUGAGAUCCAGCAAAGUUCGUGGGGGCAACGCCAGUCGCCUGGUGCUGGAUGCGGAUGGUGGUCAGUGGGCAAAGGGAGGCCUGGGCUCCCAGCACGCCAUUCUCAAGAGUCACGGGCGUGGCCUUUCAUCCCAAAAUCCCGCGCAAUUUGGUGGAUUCUCGACGGCGGGUCAGCAGCAGUAUCCUGCCGUAUAUUCGCAGCCAGGAUUCCGGGGCGCUGGCAAGCUCAAGGCCACGCCCAACACGCUGCUGCAGCAGCAACAGCAGCAGCUCCUGGCGCAGCAGCAGCAGCAACUGCUUGCCGCCACAUCGCCGCAGGGAGCAGCUGGAGCAGCGGCCGGACCAGGAGUGGGCGUUAGCGGGGGCGUGGUCAACAUGCCCAGCUACGCAGAUCAGAUGCACGCCGCCUUCCUGGACUAUCAGCGUCAGCGGGCGGAGUUCGAGCAGCAGCAGCAGCAGCUGCUGCAGAAGCUCUACCACUACUAUCCCGAUGUGUCCGGCGGCCUAUCACCUGCCCAGAUCCAACCCCAACCCCAAGCCACCCAGCUAGCUGCCCCCGCCGACGUGGGGGGCGUGGCAGCGCAGAGCGCAGCUGGCCGCUUCGCCUACCGCCGGCCGCAGUUCAGCAGCAAUGGCCUGCAGCCGGAGCGCCUGGCCGCCGGUUCCAUACUGCCCGGUGGUCCCGCUGGAGGCGGUGGAGUCAUCCCAGGCGGCGUCGCCGGUGGUUCAGUGCCUUUGCGCAACAGCGGAGUGGGAGUGGGCGGGGGAGCGGGAGACUUCUAUUCCACGCAGCAGCACAUGGGCUUCAUGCAGCAGCAGCAGCAGGACGUGCUCCGCGACCAGCAGCAGUCGGUGGCCCAGCAGUUCGCCACCAGCCAGCUGGCGCCCACCACCCGCCAGAGCUACGGCAUGGCCGUGCCCAUGUCCUCCGUGCUGGGCUCCCCCACCUACCAGCAAUCGCCGGACGUCUCGCACGUGAGCUUCUCGAGCGGCAAUCUCAACUACAGCUUCUAAGGAUGCGCUGUUAUCGCAAGGAGUUUCUGCAACUAGUAUUUUGAUAUAUAUCUUUUUUUUUUUGCGUAAAUUUUCGUGGUAUUUGAUAAGAGGAAUUGUGUAGGGCAAGCAAGAAUAAAUUUUGUGAGUGAUGAUAA